CAAAUUUUGUUUUGAUUUGGUUUACAAACUUCGUUCUGUCUUUCUGAAAAGUGCUAAUUUAGGUUAUUAAUUACUUAUUCACAGAUAAGUCUCCAUUUAUGUGGGAUCAACAAACCAUCUCGCGUCAGAUUUCUAGACGCAGUGAUUUUUAUAACAGGUAUGUGCAGCAGCAUUCUCAAAUGACAUCUUGGUUGCAACACAUUCAUCAACAUCACUAUUACAAUGUAGCAAAUCAAGCAGCUAGCAUGCAUUGGACAAAUAAUGAUGAAAACAUAUCUGAACAACAGGGUUCCCAUACAUCAUCUCUUGUUCAGAGGACAAGUAUCUCAUGUGUAUCUGAGGAAUUGGAUGAAACAUCAGAAGAAAGUGAUGAAUCAAGUUCAGAUGUGGAAACAACAAGUGAAGAUUCAGAGGAUUCAGAUUCUGAUGGCUCAAGUGAAGGUCUGGAACUAAAUGUGGAUGCUAUUCUUGCAUUCAGAGAAUCAAAAGAAGUUUCUGAAGAUGAUAGCUUUGAAAAAUUAGAUGUCUCUCCCGAGGAUUUUGAGUUUGUUGAACUGGGAAGCCUGAAAACAAUGGAAUCCAAAAGAAUUGUUUUCAAAAAGGCAGAUUUUAAUGAAGAAGAACAAAGUGAAAUGGAAGUAAUGAAAUUUUUGUAUGGAGAUCAAUCUUCUACGAUUAGUGGAUUAGAAACUUGCAUGAAUAUAAACUUUAAUCACCUUUGUGACCUUUAUCAGCCAAUAUUGUGGCCUGUUUUGCCUGUUCGUUUGUAACUUUGUUGUUGAUUUUAUGAAAUAAAUUUUACUUUCUUUAUUGUA